UUUUCUCAAGUCCUGCCAGUAUCCAAGAACUCUCUCUCGCUUGUUUCCAAUUCGCAGACGAGACUAACUGGUGAUCCCCAUCAACUUUUUUUAGUCCACGUAUACUCGACCGACGCCGAUUUCUCUGCGCGAAUCUCAUAUACCCAUUCUUUCAUCCGUCCUCUACUCUACAUAGCCCUUCAUGGAUUUGGUAAACCAUCUCGAAGGCAGACUUCUCUUUGCCGUGCCCAAGAAGGGCCGCCUGUUGCAAGCCUGCUUGAACCUCCUUGAGGGCGCCGACAUCCAGUUUAGACGCGAGAACCGCCUCGACAUUGCGCUUGUCAAGAACCUUCCUAUCGCCCUCGUCUUCCUUCCCGCCGCCGAUAUCCCCACCUUCGUCGGCGAGGGCCGUGUCGACCUCGGCAUUACUGGCUAUGACCAAGUUCAGGAGCACGAUGCCGGCGUCCGCACCGUUGCCCGCGCCCGCCGUCAGAGCGGCGAGUGGAGCGCCCAGGAUGGCGAGAAGGCCAAGCCUCAGGGUUGCGAUACCGUCAUGGAGCUGGGCUUCGGCGCCUGCAAGCUCCAGGUCCAGGUUCCCGUUAAGGGCGAGUACGCUACUGGCAAGGACUUGAUCGGCAAGAACAUCGGCACCAGCUUUGUUCACCUUGCACAAGAAUACUUUGCCCGUCUCGAGCUGGAGCAGGAGGGUCUUGUGGAUGCGGACGCCUCCCAGCUCGCCGGCCGUAAGCUCAAGACUCAGAUCAUUGAGCUCAGCGGCAGUGUCGAGGCUGCCUGCGCUCUCGGCGUCGCCGACGGUAUCGUCGAUCUUGUUGAGUCCGGAGAGACCAUGAAGGCCGCCGGCCUCAUGGCCAUCGACACCGUCGUUGACUCCUCCGCCAUCCUCAUCAAGUCCAAGGCCCCCAGCAACCCGGAGAUGGUCGAUCUGAUUGCGGCACGUAUUGGCGGCGUUAUCACCGCCCAAAAAUACGUGCUCUGCCAGUACAACGUUGAGCGCACCCGUCUGGCCGACGCCACUCAAAUCACUCCCGGCAAGCGCGCCCCCACCAUCACCUCGCUCGAGACCGAGGGCUGGGUUGCCGUCAGCGCCAUGGUAGAGAAGAAGCGCAUCGCCACUGUUAUGGACGACCUGACCACCGUUGGUGCCACCGACAUUAUUGUGCUCGAUAUUCACAACACCCGUGGCAGCAGGGCAUGAGUGAUUAAAUAGGAGAAACAUAGGACAUAAGAGGCAAAAAUAAAAUAAAAAUGGAGACAAAAGCAUUUAUGUGAGCCUAGCUUGGAAAUUAGAGCGAAUCUGGGGAUUGAAAUGAGGGUUAACAAGGUAUCGAUGUGUGGUGAUCUGGGUUCAAGAUAUCUGGCAUCCUUGAAGUGGUGAAAAUGCGGAAGAAGAGGCUUAUGCUGACCUGACUGUUUCGGUGACCUUUAUUCGAAGACGAGAAACGGCGUUAACGGGGGUAUUCUGAACCAACUUGCUUUACUCGUCGUAUUCGCGUGUCAAAAGCAUGACGUAUUAUGGGAAAACAAAUAGUCAACAAUUGGU